CAAGAAGAAUCUGCAAAUUAAAGGAAAUUAUAACUAAAAAUCUUUUAUUUCCAAUUUCAAACGCCAGUACAUGCAGUGUUAAUAUUUUGACCACGGCAAUUUUAUUUUAUUUCUUGGAUUUGAAUUAAUUUUUAUAAUUAUAUUUUUUGUUCGUAUUUUAAUAAAUUUUCUGUUCAUGCAAACCAGCAUUGAUUUUUUGUUAUUUUCCCAGAAGCCAUAUUAGCACUGAUAUAUUCCGAGCUUAAUCAUAGCUGCACAAAAAGGGCAAGUAUACAGAGGACCAGAUGACUAGUAGUUGACGUUCUAGAAAAUAACGUAAUUAACGAGUUAUCCCGUAGUUGGCAGCUAAACUAACAAAAAUAAUUUUGAAAAAAAGUAAAAAGUUAGCAGGUCCCACCGAGAUUUGAACUCGGAUCGCUGGAUUCAGAGUCCAGAGUGCUAACCAUUACACCAUGGAACCUUCUUACUUUUGGUUUACAGAUAGCAGAAUAUACGUUAGCUCAAAGUUUUUAUCAUUCCAAUGAAUUUUAAUAUUUUUUAGCGCUGAAAUAUGGUAGAAAUUGAAAAUCUUAACUCGGCUAUAUUACGGCUUUUCUUCAGAAAUAUUGACAAAGAUUAUCAGAACUGGGGAAUUAGUAUAGUCCAGGCCAUGUGUAUCCACAAUAACAGAUAAUUUAUUAUUUGUAAAAUCAAAUAUCGAACUUUCCGCACACGGGUGGAGUUGCAUAAAUGGCAUUUGAGUCCAGAACCAGCUCCUCUUAAUUUCAUUCAGCAGAAUGAAGGACAAAAGAUCUUCGAAAGCAGCUCUGAAUCAGCAUCAAUUUCAACAUCAUCGGUCUCAAAAGUUAGCAAGCCUUCGUGAAGAUAAAAGAGAAUCAGCACCAGAUUUGGACGAAGAUAAUCGAGGAUUUGGAGGUUGGCUACGUUCAGAGGAAGGAAUAGAAAACUUGAAAUUAUUCGUCCUAGGCAACACAAUUUUUGCUUUCUUUGCCAUAUCCUGGCCUCAAAUUAAAGAAGCCUUAGACGCAGCCUACUAUCUGUAUAUAGAAUAUACUGAACGUAAAGAGUAAGAUUUGAAUAUGUUCCCUGUCGUCUUCAAAGGGUUCAUUUUCGUCAUAUUUAUGGUCUGGUACAGCUUUAGUAUCGUUGUUUUGGUGAACGACUACUUCAAAGAUAAUUUCCGGAAAUAUCUUCAUGAUGAGUUUAAAUCCAACAAAUUUAAACAACCUUCCUUAAUGGACCUGGUUCAGGACAUUGAGCAAUGUUCGGCUUUAGGUGACAUAUCAUGUACACAAUCACACAAUAAGAUUUAUACGUGUACACUUCGAGAAAGAAUUGAAGAAACGUUUUUUAUCGGAGUGACAAAUGGGAAUAUGUGUUAUAAGUUGUAAUAAUUUAAGCAAGUAAUGAAAUAAACAGAUAGUGUCACUAACAAAUUCAUAUACGUUAUAGAAACCCUAUAGUAGUACAAAUCUAGGGUGAGAACUUGCAAUCAAGGUACUACAGGGUGAUUCUAUGCCUAAAAGAGCCGAAUUAUUUAUCAGGACUAACGAUUGACCUUGCAUUAAGCAAAAAGGGUUAAUUUUAUGGUAAAAUGUGUGAAAUAAAAAUUGUAGAGAAUUUUUUGAUCUACAAUAUUCAUGAUAAUUUGCAAAUAUCCUGAAGCUCAUGAGAAGCGAUAUCUUUGCAAAAAAAAAACAAUUUUUGUGACCUUUGACAUCUUAAGACGACGCGGCUACAAUAUUUUAUGAGAGUUUUGAGGCUACUUUCAGAAUUGCAAAGUAAAGGUUUCUACAAGCUUACAGCUUAUUAUCUCUCAUUUCGAGGUUAUUAUAUAUCUAUAUAACCUACGUUGAAUAUCUAACGGGAAAAUUUAUAAAAACUAAGUAUGGUAUAACUAAAGUUCUUUAUUGACUCUCAACAACAAUUAUAAUAACAAAUCAAUACACUCUGGAAAUAUCUGCAAUAUAAACUGAUAAAGCGAAGCUAUCCUAGUAAUCUAAUAUGAUGCCCUACUGUGUGUACUAUUCCAUACUUGCUUGUGCGUUGUUAGAACGGGUAUUCAGGAUGAUUCUUGAUACUGAAAAGGAAUAUAUUAAUUUUUGAAAAUCUGGAUGUUUCCUUAGACUGAAAUUAAGAAAGCUAAGCGGACUUUCACGUGUAAUGAAAGUUGAAUUCGGUCUUCGAAAAUUAAAGUUUGAUAACCAGGGGUAAUCCAGACGUUGGUUACUCUGGGGAUUGACCAGUUAUUCUUGAGAUCACUUGGGUUUCUAGCACUAUGAGCUCUUCUAAAUAAGACAGCACAAAUUGUCAUCUAUUACUAGAAUCGAUAAAAGUGAAAAUAGCAAACUAUCUGUUGGAACUGUAUCCCACUUCACAUUUGACAGCCGCGUCAUCACAGUGGCCGCUAGAUGCCGCUGAUUCUGGUGGUAUGGUAUACGGUCUACUCGCCACUGAACAAACUAGUAAUAAAAGUUUCGCUCAUCUGACUACACACGGC